AUGUCAACGACUAUAGCUACCAAAGCAUUGGAAGAGGUUCGUGAGGAUCUGUUAGCGAGCUUAAAAGGAGCCAUGGAGGAAUGCAUCGAAGCACAACGUUUAGAUUUUGGACCUCAAGUCCAAUUUCUUGUUGGCAAGUGUUUGCAGCGCGAUUUGCCAGUACAUUCAGCCAGACUUGCAGAGAAACCAGGGAAUGAUGUCGCUGUGUCUCUUUCGAGCUCAACUCAAUGUUAUUUUACGCCGACGUUUUACCAUGCUCCAUCAACACCCGAUAAGAUGCAGCGGAGGAAGAAAGGAAAGAACCUCAUUUCGUCAACAUUCUACAAUUACAGGUCAUCUUCGGGCUCAUGCGAUCUAUCUUCGACUUCAGUAUCUAUCUUCCUCAAGAUAUCCUGGGCGAGAAGGGGUCUCGAUCUGCGAUAUGAGAUGCCUAGUGUACCUUAUUCUCGCGAAAGUUUUAUUUCCCUUAGACCGUAUUACAUUCACGCGAAGGGUAGUAAAUUUCAUAAAGCAGCCAUGGAAUUUGACGUCGACACGGCUCGAAAAUUAAUUGAACAAGGAAGAGCUUCCCCACUGGAUGGAAUCGAGGGCUUUGACGAUUUACUGCGAUUUGAAGAGUGGGAGAUAGGUCUUGCGAUCAACGAUCUAUAUAUUGAAUGGAUGGUAUUUGUUCUUAGGUACCAAGUCAAUAGAUAUUACAAUAUUGAUGUGUUUCUUUUCUUCUUGCAUGACAGCAUUUCCGAGGCAAACGAGUCAAUGGAUGAGAUUACGCAUCUAUGUUUGGAAUCUUCGCAGGAGUGCCUUCUCCAGGACCCGGACAUGCCUCUUUUGCUGUUGCAUACGGAUCAUUUGUCGCCAGAACAAAGUCGGCGAAUAAUGCACCUCAGAAAUUAUGAACCGUUGAUUGACUGGAACUGCCACGAGUUCCCAAGCCAUCCCGGUUUAUAUUUUGAGAAUAGCCGUCAACUUUUCGAGAAUCCUCAAGGAGAUGGAUUGGAGGCUGCUCUAGAUAGAGGUGUAGAUAUAUCUUAA